AUCAAAUAUCGCACGAGAUCUUUAUUGUGGCGUUACGGAAAUAAAAAUCGGAGAAACGAAAUACGUCUUUUUUUACACAGAACCGAAUCCUCAGGAAGAAUCCCAAUGGAUCGGCUGCGUGGAGACGCUCGGCCCACCGCAUAACGACGGACUGACAGCGUCGACGAUGCAGUCCCCCAUAAACUCCGGCACCGCGACGCCAGUAAGCCACGAAUGGACCACUCCGCUCGUGAUAUCGCGGCAUAAACAAAACAUAAUGUGAAGUGUGCUCUGCAGUUUCGACCGUUGAUAAAAAUUUUUUUAUAAACUGAACGACAUGGCGGACGAUCUUUCGGUCAAGUCGACGACGAGCAGCACCCCGUCGAAGCCCAAGACGCCGAUGGACGGCAACAAGAGGGUCGGUUUCGCCAGGCCGACCCUCAUCAUACCGCCGCCGCCGCAGAUGACGAUGGGCAGUCCACAGACCCGCAGUGCUAAUACCAGCAUCAGGUCGGCGCCCCAUCCCAAUGGACGGAAGGCCUCAGUGUUCGUCUUCGACCAAUUCAACAAUGCAAUGCUCAAAGCCAGAUCCGGAUUGGGUUUCGGGGAGAAAUGCGCCUAUUGGCUCUACAACAAACUGUAUGCCUUGAGCAGGAAAUGGUUCACCCAUUGUUUUCUUUCGAUUGUGAUUAUUUUGUAUACCAUUGGUGGUGCCCUGGUUUUUGUGGCGAUUGAAGGUGAGAACGAAGAGAAAAUAGUGGAACGUGAUAUUAGAAGAGACAGAUAUAGUUUAAUAAGGGAACUACGUAACUUGUCGAUAGAGUUACCGUACGCGACUUCGGUGGGCGAGUGGGAGGGCGAAGCCGCAAGAAGACUGAUGGACUUCGAGUCCAAAGUGAUAGAUGCUUACCAAAAGCAUUCUUUGAUUGUCGCCAAUCGGGGCGAUAAAGUGUGGACGGUUUGGAAUGCCAUGGUCUUUUGUAGCACCAUCUACACUACUAUGGAGUAAGAUAAGACCGAAAAGAGAAGAAAGAGUUUACAGCUAAAUAAGUCAAUCGUUUCACGUAUUAUUAAAAGAAUUAAGGAAACUGAACAAGUGGCAGCUACGAAAAAUAAUGGGCGAGUUCAAAACACUUGAAAGAAAGUCGAUAACUGGAUAAUUCGAAUGUCAAAAAAACAAUCCAUUCUUAUCGUCAACUCAAUAUAAAGCCAAAUUGAGGGAAAAGGGACAUGCUGAAAUUAGUUCAAACACUG